GAGCGAGCGGCCAGCCGAGGAGAAGAGAUGCGGCGGCCCCGCCCGACCCACAGUGUUGAUGCCAUGAUCCAUUAUUCCGCCACUCUAAAGAUGGAUUGCUGUUACUAAUGGGAAGAAGUCCAAUAUGAGUGGAAAUGAUGUUGGAGGAAGAAGACGCUUUGAGGACAGUGAGCACACACUACACAUCUAUCCUGGGAGCAUUGCCGAAGGGACCAUCUAUUGUCCUGUUAUUGCUCGGAAAACUUCCACAGCAGCUGAGGUGAUAGAGUCUCUGAUUACUAAACUUCAGCUGGACAAAACAAAAUGUUACGUUCUGGCAGAAGUGAAGGAAUUUGGUGGGGAAGAAUGGAUCCUCAACCCCACAGACUGCCCAGUCCAGCGCAUGAUGCUGUGGCCCCGGAUGGCCCUGGAGAAUCGUUUGAGCGGGGAGGACUAUCGCUUUCUUCUAAGGGAAAAGAAUCUCGAUGGGUCAAUACAUUAUGCCAGCCUCCAGUCCUGGUUGCAGGUAACGGAAGAGCGACGCAGGAUGAUGGAGCGUGGCUUCCUCCCCCAACCGCAAUACAAGGACUAUGACGACUUGUGUGCUUUGCCAGACUUGAAUGAGAGAACACUCCUAGAAAACCUCAGAAAUCGCUUUAAACAGGAAAAAAUUUACACAUAUGUUGGGAGCAUACUAAUAGUUAUUAACCCAUUCAAAUUUCUCCCGAUUUACAACCCUAAGUAUGUCAAAAUGUAUGAUAACCACCAACUGGGGAAGCUGGAGCCCCAUAUUUACGCGGUGGCUGAUGUAGCGUACCAUGCUAUGCUUCAGCGUCGAAAGAAUCAGUGCAUUGUCAUUUCUGGAGAAAGCGGGUCUGGGAAAACGCAGAGCACCAACUUUCUGAUCCAUCAUCUCACUGCUCUUAGUCAGAAGGGAUUUGCUAGUGGAGUAGAGCAGAUCAUUCUAGGAGCAGGACCAGUGCUUGAGGCAUUUGGGAACGCAAAGACAGCACACAACAACAACUCCAGUCGCUUUGGCAAGUUUAUUCAAGUGAAUUACCAAGAGACGGGCACUGUGCGUGGAGCUUAUGUUGAAAAGUAUCUACUGGAAAAAUCUAGGCUAGUCUAUCAGGAACAUAAUGAGAGGAACUACCAUGUUUUUUAUUACCUUCUGGCCGGAGCAAGUGAAGAAGAGAGAUCAGCUUUUCACCUUAAGCAGCCUGAUGAAUAUCAUUAUCUCAAUCAGAUGACAAAGAAACCCCCCAAACAGAGCUGGGAUGACUGUUACUAUGAUUCUGAGCCGGAUUGCUUCUCCGUUGAAGGAGAGGACUUGAAGCAUGACUUUGAGCGUUUGCAGCUAGCUAUGGAAAUGGUGGGCUUUCUUCCCAAGACUCGCAGACAGAUUUUUUCCCUUUUAUCGGCAAUCCUGCACUUGGGUAACAUCUGUUACAAAAAGAAAACUUACCGAGAUGAUUCCAUAGAUGUCUGUAACCCAGAAGUCCUGCCUGUUGUCUCAGAACUGCUGCAGGUAAAAGAAGAAAUGUUAUUUGAAGCACUCAUUACAAGAAAGACGGUGACUGUGGGAGAGAAGCUUGUAUUACCCUACAAACUUGGAGAGGCUGUGACAGUGCGGAAUUCCAUGGCUAAAUCAUUGUACAGUGCCCUAUUUGAUUGGAUAGUUUUUAGAAUUAAUCACGCACUUUUGAAUACAAAGGACUUGGAAGAGAGCACCAAGACUUUAUCCAUUGGAGUACUUGAUAUUUUUGGGUUUGAAGAUUAUGAAAGUAACAGCUUUGAACAAUUUUGCAUUAAUUUUGCCAACGAACGUUUACAGCAUUAUUUUAACCAACACAUCUUUAAACUGGAGCAAGAGGAGUACAGACUCGAAGGCAUCAGCUGGCAUAACAUUGACUACAUAGACAACUCUGGGUGCAUAAACCUCAUCAGCAAAAAGCCAACCGGGUUGCUUCAUUUACUGGACGAAGAAAGCAAUUUUCCACAAGCAACAAAUCAAACGCUGCUAGACAAGUUUAAGCGUCAGCAUGAAGGAAACCCUUAUAUUGAAUUUCCAGCUGUGAUGGAACCUGCCUUCAUCAUAAAGCACUACGCUGGGAAAGUUAAAUAUGGUGUGAAGGACUUUCGGGAGAAAAAUACUGAUCAUAUGCGGCCAGACAUUGUCGCUCUUUUGAGAAGCAGCAAAAGUGCCUUUAUCUGUGGCUUGAUAGGGAUUGAUCCUGUGGCUGUGUUCCGUUGGGCAGUCCUCAGAGCUUUCUUCAGAGCUGUGGUUGCAUUUAGGGAAGCUGGAAGGAAGUACAUUGAGAAGAAAACUGGGCAUGAUGAUGAUGCGGUUUUGAAAAAUGUGGAUAGUUUUAGCUUUCUCCAUCACCCAGUUCACCAGAGGAGCUUAGAGAUCCUGCAGAGAUGCAAAGAGGAGAAGUACAGUAUUGCCCGGAAACGUCCAAGAACACCCCUUUCAGAUUUGCAGGGAGUUAACACCAUCAAUGAAAAAGCUCAACGGGAUGCAUAUGGAGUUGGCUGGAAUAGUAGGAUGGGUGUCCGGCAGAGCAGACUCUCCAACCAUGGCAGCCUCCUUGACAAAGACGGGAUAUUUGUGAAUUCAACCAACAGCAAGCUCCUAGAGAGAGCCCAUGGCAUUCUCAUGCGAAACAAGAACUUCAAAGUCAAACCGAACCUUCCAAAGCACUUACUGGAAGUGAAAUCUCUCAAGCACCUAACAAAUCUGACGCUGCACGAUCGCAUCACAAAGUCUCUUCUUCAUCUUCACAAAAAGAAGAAGCCACCAAGCAUCAGUGCGCAGUUCCAGGCAUCACUUACUAAACUGAUGGAGACCCUUGGCCAGGCAGAGCCCUAUUUCGUCAAGUGCAUUCGCUCGAAUGCUGAUAAGCUUCCCCUGAGAUUCAACGACAACCUGGUGCUCCGGCAGCUGCGGUACACAGGGAUGCUGGAGACGGUGCGCAUUCGGCAGUCAGGAUACAGCUGCAAAUAUUCUUUCCAGGACUUUGUCGAUCACUUCCAUGUUCUUCUCCCACGGGGAAUUCAGCCAUCAAAGCAAAACAUCCAAGACUUCUUCAGGAAAACAAAGAUCAGUCUUGAAAAUUAUCAAGUUGGUAGAACAAUGGUGUUCAUGAAGGAGCAGCAACGGCAGCUUUUACAGGGCCUUCUGCACCAGGAGGUGGUACGAAGGAUUACUCUGCUGCAGAGCUGGUUCCGUGCUAUGCUCUACCGAAGGCACUUUCUCAGUUUGAAGCAAGCAGCUGUUAUCAUACAGAGGUACUGGCGCAGUUAUCAGCGGAGAAAACAAGCGGAAGCAGAGGAUUCCCUGAAUGAUACAGUCUUCUUUGACAAGGCAGCUGUUGUUCUUCAGUCCCAUUGGCGAGGCUACGUAGCCAGGAGAAAAUUCCAACAGGUGCGGGCUGCAGGUUUCAUCAUCCAGAGCUACUGGCGGGAGUGCUUAAGGAGAAGACACGCUGCGGCCACCUUCAUCCAAGCCACAUGGCGAAGCUACCACUCCAGGAGCCUCUACCGCAACAAAAGGAACAAAGUAGUUCUGUUGCAAGCAGCCUACAGAGGAUACAAAGCACGACAAAGGUGUAGAACUUUAAAACAGCAAAGAUUACAAGAUGUGCCACUGGGAAAUGGGCCAACUGUUAAAGGAGAGAAUGAACUGGAGCCAGAGCAUAUGGAUGUGAGAGGUUCGGAUCCUUCUGAAUGGGAAGAUCGUUCAUUUGAACAGAGAGAGAGAGCAGUAGAAGAGCGUAAGUCAGUGAUGGAAAACAGGGUGGGUCAGAUUGAUCCAUCAGAUAAUUCCAGAAUCUUACCAUACAAACACCAUGAGAGAGCCAGUAGCCAGAGUGGAAUGAGUGCAGAAGAGGAAGUCAUUGUUAGAGAAAGACCCAAGUCGCUGGAAGACCUCAACCCCAAAAGAGGAGUCCGUGCAAAACGAGAGAGUCGGCGGAUGCGUGAAUUAGAGCAGGCUAUCUUCAGCUUGGAGUUGCUUAAAGUCCGGUCCACUGGAGGGGCAUCUCCCUCAGAGGAGCAUCAGUGGUCCCCGGAACUGGCCUCCGAAGGCAUGCAGUCCCCCAGGGGAACCCCGGAGAGUGAGAGCUCUCAAGGAAGUCUGGAGAUGUUGAUCCAUGAAGAGACUCAAAAGAACAAACAGGACCCUGCAUUGCCCCAGGACUACAAUCCCCCUUUGGUUCUUAGAGGGUCGUUACCCAAUAGCCCUAAAUCUGACGAUGAUCGAGGCAUUGCCAUCUUUGCUGCUGAUGUAAAUAGAAAUAUGUCUGAUAGGAAUAGGUCGAUAUCAAGUUCCGAGUUACCAGAGUGCCUUGCUGCUAAAGAGCGGCUGGCCUUCGAUUCCCAUAGCACUGUCUGUCACGGGCAUACUAGAGAGCCCCUUAUUUCAAGCAGCCUUCCUACUUUUUACCUCCCACCGCAGGACAAUCUAAGAGUUGGUCAUUCAGUGAUGGAGAAUAACCUUCGGAACAAGCAGAUGGACAAGUCUUGGGAAGCCAAGCAGGAUGCUGAGUUGCAAAGAGCAGGGGAGAUCCACGCCUCUCUCGGGGGAGGUCAGUUUCCCUCAAGCAUAGAAGGUGGCCUGGUCCUUGCUGCUUCAGAAAUGCCUCCUUCUGAUCCUAUUAUCAAGAGACUGGAGAAGCUGAAUGUGGAGAAGGAAGAACGGCAGAAGCAAAAGCAACUGCAGAACGAGAAAGAAAUGAUGCAGCAGAUCCGGCAACAGAAGGAAAUUUUGGAGAAAGAGCGGAAGGCAUUCGAAGAGCAAAACAAGAUCAAGGAGUCUUCCCAAGGAACCUCUUUCAGAUCACCGAAGAAAACAGACAGACCACAGUCUCUCCUCAUUGUCAAUCCCCCAAACAAAGGGGAGCGUAAUCUUGCCAAAAAUACGGAACUCACCUCAUCGGUGGAAAUCAAAGGUCUCACCAUCUCGAAGAAAGGAAGCCCACCUGCUCGUGUGACUCAGAAAGAAAGGACUAUUGUUGUGACUCUGGAACGAAGGGAAAACCAGGCUCCAGUUGACCAGGAAUCUGUUGGACUUGACAAGCUGAAUUCACAAAUGGCUGCUGAAUCUCAGGAAGGCUUAAGCAAACCACCCACAAGAAAAGAGCGGUUCAGAUUACCCCGAAUUCCCAACCAGGGCACUGAAGGCACUUCUGGCGAGGCCAGAGUUGGUUCCAUUUUCUUCACCCCGAAGGACAGUCACAAGAGCAUUAAUUUCAGCAAAGAAUCUUCAGCUCAUCCGUUCCUUCCAAAAGAUGACCAUAAAAAAACGUUUAAGAUUCCCGGGCCAAGCAGGGGAGAGCAGGUUGCCAGACCAGCCCAUAAAAAGAAAGCCCGCAUGGCACGAACACGCUCCGAUUUCUUGACUAGAGGUGCUUUGGCUGAUUGGGAGGGGGAUACGGAGGAAGAGGACUGCGAGGACAGUUUUGAAUUCCUUCUCUCCCUUGACCAACCUCCUGACCCCGAGCCCGGGUGUGCAGCCAGACUUGGGCAGCCCUGUCACAGUGACUCUGAAAUGAUGCUGCAGCGUUUCACAUCCAGCGAAGGCCAAACAAAGCUUCACAAAACAAUGUCUCAAGGAGAGAUUGGAAACCUGGCAGCUGCUCAGAAGGCUGUGGCUACAGAUGGAAGACCUCAACGAGCCAAGAUGAGAUUUUGGGGGAAAGGGAGGCAAGGGGAGAAGAAGAACAGCAGAGAGAAACUUGCUACCCAGUCAGAGCUGCUGGAGUUGUGUCCAGAUCAAGAUACUACGGGCAGAGAGAUGAUUUCUGGGCUGCCGCUUGAUGAAGAGCUGGGCCAACAUCACUUGACUCCCCCAAGGAGCCCUGAACUGUCUGGCAUCUAUCGACGGGAAUGUAAGGAGAACAAAGAGCCGUCACCCAAAGUGAAGCGCAAGCGCAGCCUGAAAAUCAGCAAUGUCACAAUGGAACCUGCGCAGUGGCAGAAUGAUGCUCUUCAGAUCAUAACUAGCGCCAGUGACUUGAAAAGCAUGGAUGAGUUCCUCUUGAAAAAGAUGAAUGAUCUAGAUAGCGAGGACUGCAAGAAAGACACUAUGGUGGAUGUUGUGUUUAAAAAAGCCUUGAAAGAAUUCCGACAAAAUAUCUUCAGCUUCUACUCUUCAGCUUUGGCAAUGGGCGAUGGAAAGAGCAUCCGAUACAAAGACCUCCAUGCAUUGUUUGAACAGAUCCUGGAGAAAACGAUGAGGCUUGAGCAGAGGGACUGGAGUGAAUCCCCUGUCCGGGUCUGGGUCAAUACCUUCAAAGUGUUUUUGGAUGAAUAUAUGACGGAAUAUAUGCCUUUGGAUUACACUGCCUCAAAGAUGACCAAAACAGAAAGGAAGAAGAGAAGAAAGAAGGAAGCAGAUGUUGUAGAAGAACACAACGGUCACAUUUUUAAGGCGACUCAGUACAGUAUCCCCACCUACUGCGAGUUCUGUUCCUCCCUGAUAUGGAUCAUGGACAGGGCCUCUGUUUGCAAACUGUGUAAGUACGCAUGCCACAGAAAGUGCUGCCUGAAAACCACAACCAAGUGCCCCAAAAAGUACGAUCCCGAGCUUUCUUCACGGCAAUUUGGGGUUGAGCUCUCUCGUCUGACUAGUGAAGAGCGAACUGUGCCAUUGGUGUUUGAGAAGCUCACCAGCUACAUAGAAAUGCAUGCGCUCUACACAGAGGGCAUUUACCGGAAAUCUGGAUCGACCAACAAGAUCAAAGAGCUGCGGCAGGGACUCGACACAGAUCUAGAGAGUGUGAAUCUUGAUGACUACAACAUUCACGUCAUUGCCAGUGUGUUCAAACAGUGGCUCAGAGAUUUGCCUAAUCCACUCAUGACGUUUGAGCUCUACGAAGAAUUUCUACGAGCAAUGGGCAUGCAGGAGAGGAAGGAGGCCAUCCGUGGGGUGUAUUCCGUCAUUGAUCAGCUUUCUCGCACCCAUCUCAAUACUCUGGAACGCCUCGUCUUUCACCUUGUCAGGAUCGCCCUGCAAGAGGAGACGAACCGCAUGUCAGCGAAUGCUCUGGCCAUUGUGUUUGCUCCCUGUAUUCUCCGUUGUCCAGACACUACCGAUCCUCUACAGAGCGCUCAGGAUGUCAGUAAAACCAUCAGUUGUGUAGAGUUAGUUGUUGUCGAGCAGAUGAACAAGUACCGAGCUCGCCUCAAGGAUAUCAGCAGCCUUGAAUUUGCAGAGAACAAAGCCAAGAGCCGGCUGUCAUUGAUCCGAAGGUCUAUGGGCAAAGGGCGCCUACGGCGAGGAACCUACCCAAGCCCCACAUCACCAGCUGCUGUGCGGUUGCCGUCCGUGUCAGAUGUCCCCGAAGAGACCCUGAGCAGCGAGGAGGCCAUGGAGGUGGAUGUCACGGAACAACAACAAGUGGCCAUGCAGCAGGAGGAGAGGGUGCUGACUGAGCAGAUUGAGAGCCUACAGAAAGAAAAGGAAGAACUGACAUUUGAGAUGCUGGCUCUGGAGCCACGAGCCUCCGAUGAUGAAACUCUGGAGUCUGAGGCCUCCAUCGGCACGGCGGACAGCUCCGAAAACUUGAACUUUGAUUCCGAAGGGGCCAUCUCAGACAGAUCAGAGAGAAGUUUAGCCCUUGGCUCAUUGAGACCCAUGAAGGCAGACUCCACCACUAACCGGUCUCGAAGGCACCUGAGGAAGCAGCCAGACUCUCUGGACUCCGUGGACUCCUCGGUUUCUUCUCCCUCCCUCUCACCUUCCUCCUCUUCCUCUUCCUCCUGCUUACCUCACGUCACUAGGAAACGAUUCCAGAUAUACUCCAAAUCGCCUUUCUACCGGGCAGCUCCUACCGGGGGCGCCACAGCACUCGAGCGAUCCCCAGGACAUCUGAAGGGUCUGGACGACAGGCCCCAGUUCACCACCAGGGGGACUUUCAAUCCGGAGAAGGGCAAACAGAAACUGAAGAAUGUGAAAAGCUCUCCCCCGAAAGCCAAAGAGCCCCCCGAGGGGACUGCUGGGACAGGCCGGAAGAGGCUCCCUGACGCUGUCGAUUGCAAGAGCCCUCAGCAGCUGGUGCUGCUUGGGAACAAGGAGUUCAUGGUGUGAGCCACUCAGCGAGAGACAAGUGAGAGCGUCUCACCGCCAGCGUCUCCCCACUUUGACACUGCUGCCACUGCCUCCAUUGUAGACCAGCUGCCAGUUGUCCACAUCGGCUCAUUCUCACGCGUUGCUUGGGGCGCCAGCAUUGCCUCCCCAGUGCGGAAGGGAGGAGGCUGGCCUCUGAAUGAAAGCCUGCCAUGGGAGGUUCAGCUGUGGCCUUGGUUGUCUCCAGCUUCUGCGUCUCAGAACCUUCUUGAAAUGUUGGAUUGGGAACCUGUAGCAAAGCUGGAGAAGCUGCGGGAAAGGGUGGCCGCUGUUCCCGAGUCCCUAGGACCAUCUUUGUGGAUAAGGGAAUGCUUCAGCUGGCCAAAGACACCAGGGAGGGCAGUUGGAGUCAAGGGAACUGCUCUUGCCCCUCAUUGUCCAAGCUGCUGACUUAGGGAUGGGGGGGAUUUUUUUUUUUUUUGCACUGGGAUACAAGCAUGGACUUCUAUAGAAGGAACCACAGCAAAGAGGAGAGCGUUCCCUUUGUUUUGAGCUAUUUAUAAUGCAGUCCGUAGUGUUGACAGAUUAUAUGAAAAAUGCUCGUUUCCAUUCAAGCACUUCUCAGACCCACCACUGGGCACAUGCCAGUUGUGGCAAAGAGAUUUCUGUCUGGGGCUGUUCGUCGUUUCUUUUAGCUUCAGUUGUUGACAGUCACCAACACCCAUGUGAUUCCAGGUAGGUCAAAGCCAAAUAUUUGUGCUGAAUUUUCAGUAGCCAUAACCAUGACAAGUGUCCUGUGGGGGUCAAGACAUGCACAGGAUAGGACUCCCAAAAAAAGGCAAGAGCAUUUUUAGAAUUUAGAACCCUUGGUCUUUCUGACUGCUCCCCAGACAUGCCAUGCUGCUACCUGCGCAAAAGGCUACACAGGCAGGAAGUGUGACAGACAAAGGAAAACAUCACUCCACCAAUCGCUUUAUUCUGGUCCAGAAAAAAAUGGUCAAAAUUCCAAGGAGUGGUAAAGAAGGCUGCUGUCCGAAUCAGUCUGUUUACCAAUGUGAUUGAGCAUUGCUUUUUUCUUUCUGAACAUCAGUAUUAAACAAAGGCAAAAAUAAGUCAGAGACUACUUGAAGCGCUUUGUUAGUAUUAUGGUUACUGAAGUUCAAUGUAAAUAAAACUUGUUUUUGGU